AUGUCUGACUGCAUUCCGACCCAAUGGAUAUCACAAUACCUCAUCAAAGUCGCCGAAACGUCUGGAAAGGCUUUCGCUGAUGUCGCAAUUGAAGCUAUAACACCGAGCAAGAAGAUGAGAGUUCAAAUAAUUGAAUUUCUUACAUACAAUGAAGAUUCAGCAAUAUGGGGGAGAGUCUCUGACAAGCAAUCCGUUAUUCCCGUAUAUUUCACUAAAGACGCUGUAUCGCAAUAUAUGAAGGAUCUACAAGGUCGCAGGCUCACGGAAGCCAAGCAUGCUAUCUUUUGUAUUGGGCAACUCCGCCCCAUUUUCGUACGGAUCCCGAUUGGAAACAAUCGUUCGAAGUUGAGCGAGGAAUUUCACAUUGCUCUAGAAGCUGGUGUAGUAAAGUUCAUUGGCUCUGGUUGUGGUGUAUACGGCUCCCCGCAGGAUGUUGAAACGAACAUUCAAGUUAGGGCAUGGAUCCGUGGACUUCGACGAGGUGGCGACGGUGGGGAUGUCUUAAAGCAUGCGAAAGAAAACGCAGUACAUAUAGAGCAACUUGAUGCAGCAGAUGCAGAUUCGCCGCGCCCAGAAAUUCAUUCAGUUACCAACCAUUUCGAAGCACCUCCGAGGCCUCAAGCUCAGGAACUCGAACGUAAUUCACCCCACGUUGCACUGGAACAUCCUGUCCGAAGUCCUGAUCCGAUGAGGGAAUAUCGCAAGCGCUGGAUGCAUUUCGAGCAAGACCUCUGGAAAUACGUCAUGAAGCCUGGCGGCGACGACGCCGAGGCGCAAACACUUGUCAGUGAACAACCUCAAAUGGGUAAGGUGCCUGUCCAAGAGAGUGUACCUCCGGAUGAUGUGAUCGUCGUCACCAGGUCCCAACCCUGUACCCCACCGCCCGCACGGCAGACUACACCCGAAGUUUCUGAAUGGCCUUCAUCUGUACCCGGUAGCCCUGCUGGAGUACUGCCGUGCGUCCAACCCUCAGCUCACACCGGAGACGAUGAGCUUCCAAAUGACUGCGCGACCGUGGAAGCUUCGGCGGAGCAAAAUAGUUCUCUCCACGAACCAUCUACACCCCCUACUACUUCGCCCCUUCGCCCACCCACGCCCGCACAGCGCGCCAGGCGGUCAACUCUGCCUCCAUCCACUCCAGACUCCUCCUUCAUACCGGCGCCACCUUCCUCGUUUUCUGUGCUCAUUCGCAGGAACAUAAAGCGGAAGGUUCCUCACCCGGGUGUGCCACCGUCACCUACGCAUAGCUCAGGUCCAACUCGGAUUCUCGUCCCCAACUCGGAUACUUCUCAGUCUCAAUCUCAAUCUCAACCAAUGUCAUCUCAACUACUCUCUGAACUAUUCUCUCAGUCUCAACCACAUCAACCCCCAUUUCCAUCACAACUGACUCAAGAAUUCAAGCCCGGACCGACUUCGACACCCGCCAUCAACCAGGGCGUCUCAGGAAAAGGCUCCGCAGCCUCGCGGAUGCUUCCAGGUGACCAGCACGAGACUCAUUGGGGCGGCGAUCGAUCUUCUUCUCCGCGUUUCACCUCCUUGGACGAUCGUGAGGUACUCGACGAUGACGAUGACCAACCAUCCUGUACUAGAGAUGCGCGCCAAGUCCUGGAAGCAGCAGCGGCUGAAGACCUACGUGUUGACGCGGCCGAUGCGGCCGAUGUCGCUGUUUUACUCUCAGAAGCCCCAGAAGAGCCAUCAAACGAGCCCGAACCCACAAGGGCCACCUCACCAUCACCCUCACCGUCUAUGCAUUCGUUAUUCUCUGGUUCCCCUAGUUUUGCAACAUCCCAGUCCGAAGUCAUUCCCCACAUUAAAUCUCGAGCAACCUCACCACAUCUAGUCGAACCGGUCGCUUCAACGAGCCGUGUUCCGACACACGAUGUGGAGGCUUGGAAGGCGCCGAGCUUCAUGACCGCUUCGAAGGGUGAAGGCAAGGCUGCAGAACAGCGCUCGAGGCCUUACGAGACGCACAAGAGAAGACGGACGUCGCCCACACCUUCAUCGCCGCUUGCUUCUCACAAGCGCCAGAAAAUCUCGGCAGACGGAAUGACGGAACCUGCACUCGCAAGACCUGCGGAUGAUGACGAAAGACUGCCAUCCACCGUCUCGAACGGGAAGAGGAACCACGCCGUCAAAUCGGUUAUCAGGGAGUCACACAGAGAGAGCCCAAGAGUUGGGCAAUCAAUUUCAAGUACGAUCUCCAACGAUAUAAGCCAAAUAAAAGACGCGUCGCUCUCCCAGACCAACGGCAAGAAAUGCAAGAGACGUUUACUAGGAUUCGAAAUUGACUUUGAUCACAUCCCCACCCCAACCGAAUCUCCGAAUCCAUUGUUGAGCAUGGGGAAAAUGCGUACGAUUCUGCUACGAACGGGAAGAGUACGGACGCUUGGUGAUGAGGUGACUAAAGAUGGGAGCAUAUUUGUUAGGUCUGAUUAA